GCCCGCACGCGGAAGAAACCCCGCCAUUGAAGCGAGCUGACAACGUGAGCGUGUCGUUUAUUAAGAGCACCUCUUUCAGAAGGUGCAAUUUUUUCCUUCCUAUACCUACUGCUGGUAUACAUUUGAGAGAUGGCGUACAGAGGACAAGGACAGAAGGUCCAGAAGGUCAUGGUCCAGCCCAUCAAUCUGAUUUUCAGAUAUCUGCAGAAUCGCUCAAGGAUUCAGGUGUGGCUGUACGAACAGGUGAACAUGCGGAUAGAGGGCUGCAUCAUCGGAUUUGAUGAGUACAUGAACCUGGUUCUAGACGAUGCUGAGGAAGUCCACAUGAAGACAAAGAACAGGAAGCCUCUGGGGAGAGUCAUGUUGAAAGGAGACAACAUUACCCUGCUGCAGAGUGUGACUACCUAGGACAACGGAGACCCAACAGACACCUUCCUCCUUUCCCCUUUUUGUUUUUGAAAGUGUCUUGAGUUUUUUCAUGCUUAUUUCACAUGGAUAUUGUAAUUGAUUCUUUCCACCACAUAGCUGUUUUUGAAAAUAAAGUUGUCUUUUUUUUCUUA